CUGCUCGGCACCAACCGUCUCGUACUCUACAGGAACCACGUUCAUUCUCUUCCACGCGAAGGGUGCUCUUGCUGGGUAGUGGUUGCCUAGCCCAGUCGCGCACACGUGAACCAGAAUGAUGCCUUGUUGAUGAACGAGACAAGCUUUGUUCUCUACUGGUCGAUACAAACUUCAACAGGCUACCAGACGCCUGUUACCUGGAUCUUCUGCAAAAGCACAUGCAGGAUACCGCGUUCCGCUGCAGGCGCUUUUUGACUGCUUGCUCUUCAUGCUGUGAAACACAGCCUCAUAACUUCCACCUCUCUUCAGAUCUUCUUUGCGCGGGCAAUGUUCCUCUUCGUCUCAUACCUUUCUUGACUGAGUACUUACUUGCGGUUGCCACCUCGUUUCCUCUGAUCGUGGUCACAGUCACACGCGCCCACCAUGUCUAACCAAACCAUCUUGAGAAUAACAAGGGAGAUCGCUCAGAUCCAACAGGGAAGCGACUUGUCUAUAGCGGUAGCCUGCCAGGAAAGCGACGUGCGCCAUCUCAAAGCCCUGAUCAUCGGUCCUCAUGGGACUCCCUACGAGUUCGGCUUCUUCGAGUUCACCGUCAAGUUCGGCAUGGAAUACCCAAGCAGACCCCCGAAAGUCGAAGCAAAAACCACAAAUGCAGGAAGAACACGGUUCAACCCCAACAUCUAUGCCGGUGGGAAAGUCUGUCUUUCCAUUCUGGGUACUUGGCAUGGUGAGAAGCCGGGCGAAGAAUGGUCAUCUGCACAAGGGCUGGAGUCAAUAUUGUGGUCCAUACAAAGUUUGAUGUCCAACACCCCAUAUGGCAAUGAACCUGGCUACGAGAAUGCUAAGGGCAGAGACGACCAGAAGAUGAACGACCUUUACUGUGCCAAGAUUCGUCACGAAACACUGCGAAUCGCUGUCAUCGCGAAGCUGGAAGAUGCUCUGGGCAUUCAGGCUGAUGGAAGUGUUGCAACUCCUGAAGACUCUCCGAAAUGGUCGUCUGACGAGGAAGAAGAAGCAGGCGACGAGAUGAACGACGAAGACGUGGCCGAGGCACAGGCGAAACUCAAAUUCGAGCCGUUCAAAGACCUCUACAAACGAAGAUUUCUAUGGUAUUUCGAGCACUACAUGUCUACAGUUCUCGAGCACACCCCGAAACACAAAGAUGGUUCCGACUUCACCAAAAUGCCGUUCGAAGGAGGAGGCAAUACCAUGGACGGGAAGUUCCAGUACAAUGCUCUCGGCAAGAAACUGGUCCGCAUCAAGGAAGUGCUUCGAGACGAAACCAAAUCUUGGGCUGUCGAAGGUCUAGCUUUGAAGGAAAGAGAGUCUUCCAAGGCUGCUGGAGUGCAACGUCAAUCGGAACAACUGGCCGACUACUUGAAGAGGAAGAAGCACCACAAUAUCAGCGUUGAACUGGAGAACGGCAAUCCGUAUGUCUGGAUUAUGACAUACUUCGGUAAACCCAGCACCCAUCUGGACGGUGGAAUAUUCAAGAUCAAAAUGAACAUCAGUCCUCGCUUUCCGGACGAGCAGCCUCGGGUCAAAGUUGAAACACCAAUCUAUCACCACCGAGUCUCGAAAGAUGGAGUUUUGUGUUACUUCCCAAGCCGGCCGGACGAGCUCAGAAAUCAUGUCGAGGCUAUUGCAGAGGCAUUAGAAGAGGAAUCUCCGCCGUAUGACCCUCGGACGAUCGUACACCCCGAAGCCACGAAGCUGCUUUGGGGCUCUGAUGAUGACAAGAAGAAAUAUUACCGUCAAGUCAGAAGGUCAGCACAGCGUACGACCGAGGAAUCCGUAUGAGUCAAGAGGCUUCCUCAGACUGUUGACAUUUUGCACAAUUAGCGUGUGGAUGGCGUUGAGGCGAACCGCGUCGGAAGGGAAAGCAAUGGCAAUGAUUCAAUACAGGGCUCUCAAGGGCUUGCACGGCAUGUGUGCUGCAUCACCCACGCGAAGCAGUCCAGAUACCGUUACAAGAUCAAAACAAGGGCGACCGACCUGCGACCAAAGGUAGUCUUGCAGUUAGGUACAAGUAGCCUUGUCCUCCCUCUGUGGAGCGUAACAUGCAGCAAAUAUAUGCUUUCCACCGACAUCGACUCUGCUGUUCUUCGCAUCGUAGACACAUGAGAGUGGGCUGUUUCGGAAGACGGCUGGCUGAGGGUUGA